AUGUCCGACGACCAAGUGCCACCGUUUUCGCUCGAUAAGCCGCGCCACGAUACUUCGACGUACGUCGGUCGGUGGCGUAAGUUUGCGGAGCUCGUGUCGCCAAAGUGGCUCUUUCUAAGCUCGGAGCAGAUUCAGCACGCGACGCAGACUCUGGAGGACUUCCGCAACGGUAAAAUCGCCCCUGGUCAGUUCAAGGAUGCGGAACUUUGGAAUCUUCGCCAGGCGUACGAGGCUGCCGUGCACCCUCAGACUGGCGAGACAGUUCCGGCUGUGUUUCGGCUGUCGGCUUUCGUGCCUGUGAACAUUCCCAUUUGCGUUGGCAUGCUGCUCGCUCCUGCCACGUUGGGAAACACGAUCUUCUGGCAAUGGGUUAACCAGAGCUACAGCGCCGGUUUCAACUACGCUAACCGCAACGCCAGCAGUGAACAGGACAACUCCACCAUCUUCAAGUCGUACGCUACCGCGACGCUCGUGUCUUGCUCGACUGCCGUUGGUCUGGGUAAGAUGGUGGAGAAAGCCAAGAGACUUUCUCCCAGCACGCGUUCCUUCCUCGGAAAGAUGGUUCCUUUCGUUGCUGUCGCGAGCGCAGGUGCUUUCAACGCCGUGUCGAUGCGCUUCAACGAGUUCCAAGAGGGAAUUGAUAUCAUGGACGAGCACGGAGAUGUUCACGGGCGUUCAGUUGCCGCUGGACGUCAGUCGCUUGGCCAAGUGGCACUCACGCGUAUUGCGCUACCCAUGCCCAUUUUGCUGCUCCCGCCGUACCUGUAUGAGAUCAUGAAGAAAACCAACAUCAUGCCCAAGGCCAAGUACCCGAAGCUUGCUGCGGAGCUCGUCGUGUUAACGAUGUGUCUGUGGGGUGCCAUGCCCAGCGCUGUGGCGCUCUUCCCGCAGUUGGGAACGAUUUCGGCUGACAGCGUUGAGGAGGAAUUCCGAUCUCGGGUGGAUCGCAACGGCCAGCCCAUUCGUCACUUCAUCUACAACAAGGGAAUCUGA